UGUGCAAAUCGUAGAGAUAAGUCUCAUCGCGUGUUCGAGCGAUAAAAUAGAUAAAAAUUGCGACACAAUUUGACGGAAUUCAGAUUCAGGGUUUAUCUAGACGCGAGAUAAGAAUUUGUAGGACAAUAUGAGUUGAUCGGGUGUCACAUUUCAGAGCGGAACGGCGGAACGACACCGAGAUUAGGUUAGUGCGCGCUAAGUGUCAGCUGAUCAGAUAGCAAGUGACCGGCCCAGUUCCAAAUACGAUCUGCGUAACAGUGCAAUUGUAGCAUAAAUAUACAUAUUCAUUAUGCGUCUUGUAAUUUGCGACACAGUGGACUAUGUUGCAGAAUGGUCUGCAAAAUAUGUUUUGAAGAGAAUCAAUGAUUUCAGUCCCAAUGAGAACAAAUAUUUUGUUUUGGGUCUUCCAACAGGUGGCACACCCUUGGGAAUGUACAAGAAGCUUAUUGAAUAUUAUAAACAAAACAAACUUUCCUUCAAAUAUGUUAAGACCUUUAACAUGGAUGAGUAUGUCGACUUACCAAGAGAUCAUCCGGAAUCUUACCACUAUUACAUGUACAACAACUUUUUUAAACACAUAGAUAUUGAACCAAAAAAUGUGCAUAUAUUAGAUGGAAAUGCAGCCGAUCUUGAGAAAGAGUGCAAUGAUUUCGAAAGAAAAAUCAAAGAGGCCGGUGGAAUAGAAUUGUUUAUUGGAGGCAUUGGUCCAGAUGGUCACAUAGCUUUCAAUGAACCAGGUUCGUCAUUGGCUUCUCGCACAAGAGUGAAAACUCUCGCGCAAGACACUUUGGAAGCUAACGCGAGAUUUUUCGGAAAUGACAUCAAUAAAGUGCCAAAACAAGCUCUAACUGUUGGCGUCGGUACUGUAAUGGAUGCGAAGGAAGUCAUGAUCCUCAUCACUGGAUCUCACAAGGCUUUCGCUCUUUACAAAGCAAUAGAGGAAGGUGUCAAUCACAUGUGGACAGUAUCCGCGUUCCAACAACAUCCUCGCACGCUUAUAAUUUGUGAUGAAGAUGCAACUCUGGAGUUACGUGUGAAAACUGUUAAAUAUUUCAAGGCGCUCAGUGAUGUACAUCGCAAAUUGAUUGAAGAAGAUAGAAAUCCGAUUCCUCGCCGUACAGUGCAAAACGAUUGAAAUGAAUAUAUGUGACAUUUACAGCGAAUUUAUGAAGAAAAAGAAUAAAAACCUUUAGGAUUUCGUCCCCUGAAUGGUCAAGCAAAAAGAACGAUUAUGCAAUAUAUCGUAUAUUUUUCAAUAUUAUGCAAUAUAUUAUAUAUUUUUAAUCGUAUUUUAUAUGUAGAAGUUUGAAUUAUAUAUAUGCACUAUUUUACAACUGCCAUAUGUGGAAUAUAACAGGGAAAUAUAUUUUUUUUAUUCUA